UCAAACAGCUAGUGCCAAGACUCCAAGCCCAAGUCCUGCCAAACAACCAGCACAAGGUCCAGUUCCAACCAGUCUAGUCCCAAGUCCAGCAGCUGUGAAAAGGUCACUGUCCCCAGCUUUCAGACUUCAACCUCAGCCCGAGACGUCUACGCCAAGCACUUCUUCAAAGGGACAGAAUCUAUUUAGACUGCCAGAUUUGUCUGACUUAUCUGUGCCGGGGCAUAAUGACCCAGAUGUCUCAAGUGAAGUAGAAUCAGCCCUUCUAGAUAAAGAGGAAGAUGAAAUUUCUGCCAAGAUGCACAGGGAGAAAUGUGCAGCUACAGUCACAGUGAAAUGCAUAAAAACAGCUGAUCCUUUCAAGACCAUUGAGACUAUGGCAGCCGAGUCCAAUGAUGAUGAUGAGGAUGAUGGUGAUGCACUACUAGAAGACAGCCAGAGAGGCACAUGGCUGAAUAGAUCCAGAAAUAAAGUUGACUAUGAUGAGCAGUUGACUGAAACAACUUCAUUCAUAUCAAGUGGGUCAGAAUGGCUACCUGAUGACUUAUCAGAUGUUCCUCCAUCUGACUCUGAGGAUAAUCAACUUUCACAGACAUCCAGAUUUAAUCUAUCUGAACUAACAAAGUCCAAGUCACCAAAGACUUUUUCAUCCACAAUAGUUCAGAAGAUGGCAAUUAAGACAGAUGAGAAAGAGAAUACAAGAUACACUAAACCAAACCGAUCAUGUCCAUUUUGUAAUAAGAGCUGUGGGGAAAAGCUGUCUAGACACAUCAGGAAUGUCCACAAGAAUGAAAAAGAUGUACAAAUAGCAAUGAAGCUACCAAAGAAAGAGCAGCUGAGGGCAUUUGGAGAGUUCAAGAAACAAGGUAUUCUCCAAAGAAACAGAAAAUGUGCAAAGGAAGAAGAAGAACCUGCGUAUCAAAGGGAACGGUGCACUGGCAGGAAAGACGCCCUUCUCAUUUGUGGCAUUUGCAAGGGCUUUUAUGCCAAAAAGUACUUUUCGAGACAUCAUAAAAUGUGUCGAGGAGACACUGCCAUUCCACCUUCUUCUGUUUCUGUAUCAUUGCUCUCUACUGAUCCUAACACAGAGAUUUCUUGUCAAGGUUUUGCUUCAGAAAUCCUGUCAAGAAUAAAAGAUGAUGAAAUUGGUGAGAUGUGCAAAACAGAUCCAGUAAUCAGAAACAUUGGUAUGCGUCUUUGGGAGAGAGUUAAGAGGAAAAUAGACAAAAAAAAUGAAGUUCGGAAAUCAGUCAGAACAAAUAUGCGACGUCUAGCAGCGCUGUAUCUGACCUUCAAAGAGGCACAUGAAGUGCACAACAGUGACAAAGAGCUGAAAGAGGACAAUGCUGGUGACUUAUUUGACCGUACUAAUUUUCAGGUGCUCGUUGAAAGCGUAGGAAUUUUCACACUGGACAAGGAUACACAAGAACUUAAGCCAGGCUUGAAGAUUGGGGUUUAUUACCUCCUCAAGAAAGCAGCCACAAUCACUAAAGCAACCUAUCUCGCUAAUGCCCAAGAUGACAAGGCUACAGAGAUUGACAAGUUCCUUGAAGUACUGAAACUAAACGAGAACUUCGUGUUCGGGGAUGCCACUUACUCACUGAACAAGAAUAGGCAGACGAAGUUGAGAAAACCACAACAGCUACCUCUAAAACAGGAUGUUGAAAAGCUCCGAACCCAUACACUUCAGAAAGUGGAAGCAAUGGUCAAUGACAAGCACCUCUUAUGGGACAGACAUCAAUUUGUCAGACUGCGUGACCUCACAGUGUCGAGAUUGACACUGUUUAAUGCACGAAGAGGGGGUGAACCCUGUCGAUUGAAAAUAGAAGAAUGGCAAGAUGCAGAAAAUGGAGUCUGGGUUGACCAACAAAUGGCUGAAGAAGUGACAGAUCCAAUAGAAAAGCAGCUGCUUGACCAACUCAAAAUCUGUUACCAAACUGGUAAAGGUAAUAACCAUCUGGUCUCUGUCCUGUUUCCAAAGGAUACCUUUGCAGCAAUGAGAACCCUUUGCGACCCGGAAGUAAGAUCAACAGCGCAAAUCAAUGUUGCCAACCCUUACAUAUUUGCGAGUACAAAGGGUUCAGAAGAGCACUUCUCAGGCUGGCAUGCUCUGAACAAUGUUUGUGAAAAUGCUGGCAUGGAGAAUAAGGAACAACUGAAUGCAACAAGGAACCGGCAUAGAAUCAGCACAAUCUACGCAGCACUGGAGUUGCCUCCUGAAGAACAGGCAUUGUUUUACAAACACAUGGGGCAUUCCGAGGAUAUUAAUAAGAAUGUCUACCAAACACCAAUGGCAAUUCAAGAAAUAACAAAAGUUGGAAGAACUCUCCAGAAGAUUGAUGGGAAAGGUAGUCAUCAGCUGGAGAAUGGCUCUGUGGGCAAGAAAACUGCGAGACAAACAUUACAGGAGUUUUCUGUAAAUAGCAAGGAACUUGGUACCAAAUCUGUCCCUACCAUGCCAGGCCCAGCUCCAAAGCGAUCUAAGUUGGAGAAAGGUCGAAGCUACACAUCAUGGCACGAAAAAGAUGCCAAACUUGUCUUCAACUAUUUUGUUGAAAUUAUCAAAGGAGGAUCAUCCAAAUCCAUUCCAGGCAAGCAAGAGUGUGAAACCUUCCUAAGGAAGACAGGGCUGAUGGUUGAAUGGACAGCUGUCAGGAAUAAAGUGAUGAAUGAACGGGUCAAAUGGCAGAAAAAGGUGAACCUGCGACUGGAUGACCUUGGAAUAGAAUCAUAAAGACACUCAACAAAAAAUUCUGCCCCCCACCCUCACUUUUAAGCCACUGCAAAGAAAAGGCUUAAAGACAUUAUGUUGUGAGUGAGACCUUGUAUGUCUGGUUUGUUCGCUUUGUCACUUUUUACUUAGUGCCUGCUAAAUUGCUCUAACUGCCAAUCAUAGCAUCAAACAAGCAAGAAAUGCCACAUGCUACUGUACCAAUCAACUAUUUGCCCAUUCCCUUGAGACAUGUAAAUGGCGCAUACAUUCCUGAUUUCUUCAAUGCUAUAUAUGACAAUCUGUAAGUGAUAUUUAUCUGACAGAAGCUGACUUGCAUGGUAAAACAUGACAAAAAUAGAAACCUGUCAUGGUCUCACUCAAAGUGCCCUAAAACAAAAACUACACAACCAAAGUGCCUGUUUUUUGUUAUUGGUAAAUAACUCCUUUACAUGGACAUACUCAUUUUGUUACUUUAGUUUGGGAAGUUCUCCAAAGCAUGGGGGCACCUUGCUUUGUUUGGAAGAAAAAGCAUAUAAAGGAUUAAUUGAAGAGCCUGAAGAAAGUCAAUUUUUAUAUUGCAUCCACCGAUGGCAUUCAAAAUUUAGAAAUUGUAGAAUCUAUUUCCUGAGGUAUGCAACCAUUGCAAUAAAUUUUUGCAAAGAUUAAACAUAUAAAGGAAUACAUUUUACUUCGUACAUGUCAUUUUGCCUCCGACAAAGAUAUUGCUAGGAUCGAAAGCUUAGGCCCCUUUUGAGUUUCUAAUAAAAAAAAUAUUGUGAGAAAAAGUGCAUUACCAUGGUAACAGUUAUGGGCUACUAUAAAGCAUUAUUUUGCUAGGCAGGGGAUACGUAUUAAUCACCUUCAGUGAUUCUAGUUUGAAGUAAAUUAAAUUCAAUCCACAAUCGCUUUG